UAACUUUAGAAACGUCAAAUUGUUAAUUAUGUGAAAGUAAUUGUUGCUAUAAAGUUUUAAACACAAUGGCAACUGUAAAAAUAAAUCAAAAGGAGUAUUUAAAGAAAUAUUUCUCGAACGAUGACAAGAAGAAAAAAAAGAAAAAGAAGAAAAUUGGUUCAAAAACAGUAAAAAUCAUUGACGAUGACGUAGACUUGGAGAAUAUCCGAUCCAUAGGAGAAGAUGAAUUUGACAUCGUCAACACCACCGAAGAUGCCCCACAAAUUGUUGGAAUUGUGGAUGAACGGGGGGCCCCGGAUUUUUCAGACAAGACUCGUUGGAGGAUAAUUGCCGAUGAUGGAAUGGGAGAGAUAAGCAUUCGCGAAAAGACGUUAAACAAAAGAGAUGAAGACGAGGACGAGGAUGAGAAUGACCAAAGUGCCGAGAGACAUUCAAGGGAAAAUAAAACUAGUAAGAGCAAAGUAGAAGGCAGUGCAGAAAUUCCGAGCCAGAGUACAAGUAAGUCUCCUCAAAAGGUUGUAAAUAUCAAAGAAGAGAAGAGAGAUUCAGACAGUGAUUUAUCCAUAUCCAGAAAAUCUCCAAGUUCCAGUGAAGGCGAAUCACGCCGUAAACGAAAUAGGAAGUCAGAGAAAAGGAAAAAGAAGAAUAAAGAACGCGGCGAUGAUCUUAGUCCAUCGAGGCCGGCAAAAUCGAAAUCUAGUAAACGCAGAGAUUCUUAUGAUUCAGACUCGAAUAGCGAUUUGAGUCUUCCGAGAAGUAAGUCAAAUAGAGAAGGUACUUCAAAUAAAAAUAUAAGUCGAAGCAGCAGCGAGUCUGACCGCACAACUCGAAAAAGUCUGAACGCAAGAAAGAAAAAAUCACCUGAAAGAAAUCCGAGAAAAAAGAAAAACUACGAUUCUGAUUUGAGCCCACCAAGAAAAUCAGAAGGAAAGUCCAGAAGUAAAAAUAAAAACUACGAUUCUGAUUUGAGUCCACCCAGGAAGUCUGGGCGGAAAAUUAGCGAUUCAGAUUUGAGUCCACCGAGGAAAUCUGAAGGAAAGUCGAGAAAUAAAAAUAAAAACUACAUUUCUGAUCUGAGUCCACCUAGGAAAUCAAGAGACAAAAGAUCGAGCGUUAAAAAUGCAAACAACGACUCUGAUUUGAGUCCACCGAGGAAGUCUGGUCGGAAAAAUAGCGAUUCGGAUUUGAGUCCGCCCAGAAAUAGAAUAAAAAAAGAAAACUAUUCUGACUUAUCUCCACCGAGGCGAGACAGGAGUAACAAUGAAAAAGCUUCUGGUUCUCGUAGAAAGAGGAAAGAUGAUUCGGAUAAAGAUCUCAGUCCUCCUAGAAUUCGCCGAAGAUCUCGAGAAGAAAGUCCCAGAAGGUCAAGGAAGGAUGAUACGAGAUAUGAAAAAGCUUCGAGAUCUGAUGGACGUUUUGAGACGCAACGUGGUAAAAAUAGAAGAGAUUUUGACAGGGAUUCUCCAGCAAGGAGAAACAGGAAAAGGUCAGAGUCGCCUAGAAGACGUGCUAAGAAAUCCAGGUGGAAUAGGGAAAGCAGAUCAAGAAGUCCGGAAGGUUUCAGAGAUAAGCGAAUGACGAAAACAUUGGAUGGUAAAACGGCGGGGUUGCAGGAUGCGAAAGCUCUGAGAGAAGAAACUGCUGCUCACAAAAGGAGAGAGGCUGAAAUGUUUGAAAAGUUAAGUGCAGACGUAAGCGGUGCGGGUCAAUCUGUAGUUAUUCGCGACCGAAAAACCGGAAGGAGAAGAGAUUUGCAAGCAGAGGCUGCUGCACAACGUGAAAAAGAAGAACGUCAACAAGAAAUUAAUGACCAAUACGAAAAAUGGGGAAGAGGACUCAAGCAGCUGGACGAUCGGGAAGAGAAAUUAAAGGAAGAUAUGCAUGAGAUGAGUAAGCCUUUAGCAAGGUACAAAGAUGACAAGGAUUUAGACAGAAUGCAAAAAAAUAAAUUACUCGACGAGGACCCGAUGCUUCAGUUUGGACAGGAUAAGCUAGUAGAGCAAGGAGUACUUAAAAUAGGAUCGAAGAAUAAAUCUUCGGGACCACCCAAUAGGUUCGGCAUUCCACCAGGUGAACGAUGGGACGGAGUAGAUCGAAGUAAUGGAUAUGAGAAAAAGUGGUUCGAGGCUCAAAACUCGAAAAAAGCGAAAUCACAAGAAGCAUAUGCGUGGAGUACCGCGGAUAUGUAGCCAUUUUAUAUUGAGCUACGUCUUCCUAUUAUCUACGUUGAACAGUAAAUUUGAGAACUAAUUUUUUGAAAAUUAUUAGCCUCAGUUGUCUGUAAUAAGGAACUUUAAAGACGAAUUCAUAAAGUAGUGUUGAAUAAUUUGAAUAAAACUAAAGAUUGUUUUAAACGUA